UCGACUUCUCCACCCCAUCUGAGUGGACGACAGCGAUCCGGUGAACGCGGCGCAUGAUUGCUUGUCUCUCUUUUACUCGUCCCCCAACGUCAACAACGUCCUUUUUGAGUCGCUCUGUUACACGUGCGACCUUGUGAUACCUCACACGGUUUAAGAGCCCCAAGGAGCUGUGCGACUCGGUCAUUGUUCGACUGGCCCACACAAGCCGGCGCAUUCGGGAUUCCGUUUGAACGGGAGGACGGAUACUGACGGGAAAUCUAAACGACGACCAUACACGCCCCUAGCUUCGGCCACUCUCUCUACGCAGGCCGUCAUUCUGACAGCACACUGCACUCUCGAGCAUUCUUCCCACCUGUGUUACGGACGACGAAUCCGCAAUCGACUUCCCGGACCUCGACGGAAUUGACUCUCGAGUUGAGGCAGAUCGCCAUCUUUCACCACCAACCUACACCCACCGACGGCGAGACAGAUAACACAAGAUGGAGCGCAUCAGGGAACUGCUGGGCAAGCACCACAAACCGGAUCGGCAAGAGUACGAGCCUCUCGCCGAGGAAGGCCGGGAACUCGACGGCUCCACGCUGGAGGAAGACCCGGAGGAGGUGCCGUUCUCGUGGACCGAGUACAUCAUGUUCGCCUGGCUGGGCAUGGCGAUGCUAUGGGCCUGGAACAUGUUCCUCGCGGCAGCCCCCUACUUCCAAGUCCGCUUCCAAUCCGACGUCUGGAUCUCCCAAAACUUCCAGUCCGCCAUCCUCACCGUCUCGACCCUCACGAACCUCACCGCCAUGCUCAUCCUCACAAACAUCCAAUACGCCGCCUCCUACCCCUUCCGCAUCAACCUCGCCCUCCUCCUCAACUGCAUAAUCUUCUCCUUCCUCACGGCCUCCACCUCCUUCGCCCUCGACGUCUCACCCGGCGCCUACCUCGCCUUCAUCCUCUUGAUGGUCGCCUCCAGCUCCUGGGCCACAGGGCUCAUCCAAAACGGCGCCUUCGCCUUCGCCGCCUCCUUUGGCCGGCCCGAGUACAUGCAGGCCUUGAUGGCGGGCCAGGGCGUAGCCGGCGUCCUCCCGCCCAUCGCGCAGGUCAUCACCGUCCUCGUCGUCCCCGAAAAGGACACCACAAACUCCACCGCGACCGCCCAAGACGACAUCAAGUCCUCGUCCUCCUCGGCGUUCGUCUACUUCCUCGCCGCCGUCGCCGUCUCCGUUUCCGCCCUGCUGGCCUUCAUCCCCCUCGUCCGCCGCCACAACCGCAUCAUCGAAGCACGCAUGGUCAACACCCUCGCCGAGUCCCUCACCUCGGUCGAAGAAGCUGAGCGCGCCGCCCGUAAGGUCGUGUCCCCGCUCACCUUACUCCGCAAGCUCCACUGGCUCGCCGGCGCAAUCUUCAUGUGUUUUUCGGUCGCCAUGUUCUUCCCCGUCUUCACGGGCAAGAUCCUAUCCGUCCGCUACCCGGGCGACGAAAAGUCCCCCGCCGGCAUCCUCUUCCGACCCGCAGCGUUCAUUCCCCUCGCAUUCUUCGCCUGGAACCUCGGCGACCUGUCCGGCCGCAUGGCCACCAUCCUCCCCUUCUCCCUACGCCACCGCCCCGCCGCCCUCUUCGGCGUCAGUCUCGCCCGCAUUGGCUUCCUGCCGCUUUACUUACUGUGCAACAUUGGCGGCCGCGGCGCCGUCGUCAGCAGCGACUUCUUCUACCUGGUCGUCGUCCAGUUCUUCUUCGGGCUGACCAACGGAUGGUUAGGCUCGAGCUGCAUGAUGGCCGCGGGCGAGUGGGUCGAGGACGGCGAGCGCGAGGCCACGGGCGGGUUCAUGGGCUUGUGCCUCGUUGCUGGGUUGACGACGGGUAGCCUUUUGAGCUUUACGGCUGGUGGUAUUUAGGGAUGUCUUAGUAUAAUUUUGCAUGUGUACGGCGUAAUGGGAGAGGUGUAUAGCUUUCAUCUCAAUUUGGCAUACUUUGUAAUCGGUCUUUGGAUGGCGUUUGAGGACACGGGUUAUGAGGACGGUGAGUAUGAGAAUAGUCAUAAAGACGGCCAAUAAUAGUUAGCUCUAGAGAAACGCAUUAUUCAAUCCGUUAUUGAUUUAAAUGGAAG